GACCCUGUGGACCUCCAAACCUCAAGCUCCCCCCUCCACGCCACCCGCACUCCGCACUCCACAACCACCCAUUGACAAAGGCCAGGGCAUUGCCAGAUCUCUCGUGGUCACAAUGCCUGUUUCCUUUGCGCGUCUAGCCGGCCACACGGCGAAACGGCUGUGUCUGGCCCCGCGCCCUCACCUCACAAACAUACGACCACCCAUUGCGCGGUGUAUCUCGACUUCGUUGCCGAGACACUAUGCGGAUGUGGACGACCACAGCAGGACGAGAUUGAUUCCCACGGACUCCACCUUUAGUCAUCCGACCAACACCGAGAACUCUCAGUAUCUGAAUCCGGCCGAGGAGGAAGGAACGUCCCCAGAGAACCGCAAGAUUAGACACUAUACCGUCAACUUCGGACCCCAGCACCCCGCUGCCCACGGUGUGCUACGCUUGAUUUUGGAACUCAAUGGCGAGGAGAUCGUGCGCGCUGAUCCGCAUGUCGGACUGCUGCAUCGCGGCACCGAGAAGCUGAUCGAGUACCGGACGUAUCUGCAAGCGCUGCCCUAUUUCGAUCGGCUGGACUAUGUCUCUAUGAUGACAAAUGAGCAGUGUUUCUCCCUCGGCGUGGAAAAGCUGCUGAAUAUUGACAUCCCGAUCCGUGCCAAGUAUAUCAGGACCAUGUUUGGCGAGAUCACGAGGAUCUUGAAUCAUCUUAUGUCGGUGCUGUCGCAUGCCAUGGAUGUUGGCGCGUUGACUCCCUUCCUCUGGGGUUUCGAAGAGCGUGAGAAGCUUAUGGAAUUCUACGAGCGUGUCUCUGGCGCCCGUCUCCACGCCGCCUACGUCCGCCCCGGUGGUGUCAGCCAAGACAUUCCCAUCGGCCUCCUCGACGACAUCUACCAAUGGGCCACACAGUUCGGCGACCGCAUCGAUGAGACCGAAGAAAUGCUAACUGACAACCGUAUCUGGAUUGGCCGCACAAAAGGCGUCGGCGUCGUCUCCGCCGCCGACGCCCUUAACUACUCCUUCUCUGGCGUCAUGCUCCGCGGCUCCGGCGUACCUUGGGACGUGCGGAAAUCGCAGCCCUACGACGCCUACGACAGAGUCGACUUCGACGUGCCUGUCGGUGUCAACGGCGACUGCUACGACCGCUACCUCUGCCGCAUGGAGGAAUUCCGCCAAUCCCUCCGCAUCAUCCACCAAUGCCUAAAUGACAUGCCCGCCGGCCCUGUCAAAGUCGAAGACUACAAGAUUGCCCCCCCGCCCCGCGCUGCUAUGAAGGAAAACAUGGAGGCCCUGAUUCACCACUUCCUGCUGUUCAGCAAGGGCUACAGCGUCCCACCCGGCGAGACCUACUCGGCCAUUGAGGCGCCCAAGGGUGAAAUGGGUGUCUUCUUGGUUAGUGAUGGGAGUGAACGGCCGUAUAGAUGUAAGAUCCGUACACCUGGGUUCGCGCACUUGAGUUGUAUGGAUCAGAUUUCCAGAGGCCAUCUAUUGGCAGACGCAGUUGCGAUUAUUGGGACUAUGGAUUUGGUGUUUGGGGAGGUGGAUAGGUAGAUUCGUCUCGGACACGUGAGUCGAGUCGAUCGUGAUGCAGCUUUGGGCUGCAAAGCUGUCAGGAGAGUAUUGAGAACCCGGCCUGAGCGAUCGGUCCGGAUAAAAUCUUGGAGUGCACCGCCCGCCCGUGAUUAAGCCAGUGGUGGUGGGAGUGCUAGUGGUGGUGGCUGUACAUAUUGUACCUUAUCUCCUUACACUUACCCUUUUCCUGAUCUGAUCUGAUUUGAAUCGUCAAGUUUAACUCAAUUCAAG